AUGCAACCUUAUUGUGAAGUGUUACCGCAGUUUAUUACACGGCUUUUGUAGCAUAACAUUCAACACCAAUGCAGACAUUAUCGCACUGCAAUCUAUUGAACACGUCAAUAAAAGUCAAGCUUAAAAGAUACUAUAAGAUUAAGAUGCCAUAAUGCAACCCAAAAGAAGAAAUAGACGGGGAGAAAUAAUAAAUGAAACCAUGAAUCACCAAAUAUGGAUGUUUUUACAGUACAAAACAGUGAUCUUAGAUUGGCAUCUUCCUCUACACCCUCUUCUGAGAAUCAGGACACUGAAUCCUGCAUCCGCCUCUAGAUUGGGACAGAUGAUUCUCCACGUGUAGCACUAACAGAGAAAUAACAACACAGGAGCAAUAAUGCUAUCAUGAUCUGCAGUCCACGAGGAGCUGACGGACACAACACGCAUCCGGGAGAGAAACACAUCACUGCGGGUAUCGCUGACAUGAUUAUCUUUUCAUGCUCUGACACAAAUGAAGCUGUCCCAGAUUGAGUCUUUAUCUGUGCUGUUAUCAGGUGUUGGAUGCGGCUCCACCCUCCGCAUAAAGCUCUAUUUACUGCAGGACUUUUGUUUUUCAGUCCACUCCGCUCCUCUGCUCCUGAUCACAGGCGGUGUUGUUCUGCAGUGUGAGGAUGAAGACUCUUGUGUGUGUCUGGAUGAUGAUCUGUCUCUGCUGCUGUGCUGAAGCCGCGGCCUCUGACCUCCUGCGGGACAGUGCUGUGAGCUGGCUGGGAGCUCUGCCGUGCGGCAGCUGGGACUGUGAGUGUGCGUUCAGUAAACUGCAGGGCUGCUGCUGUGUCUCCAGCGCUCUGGAUGAUCUGGAGCAGGCCACCUUCAUCCGCAUGAUGGGCUUAUGGGACGGCCUGAUGCGCCUCAACACACAAGUCCAGGACAUCACAGCUGGCUGUAAGAUAGCCUUCACCGCUGCCAUGCUGCCCAUGAGUGGGUGUUUCGGGCCUUUCACCAGCAACAUGUCCAUCUCUUACCAGUCUGUCUCGCUCAAUCAGGGGAACGGCUACAAUCCUGCGCUGGGCGUGUUCACGGCACCCCACGCAGGCCUGUACUCCUUCUCCUUCACGGUGUACUCCAAACCGGGCAGCUCCGGCGAGCGGCUGUACCAGAAGCUGCAGCUGGUGAAGGAUGGGACGGUGCUGGCCUCGUCCUGGGAGGAUAACCGUGAGGACUCGGAGGACAGCAGCUCUCAGACGCUCCUGCUGCAGCUCAGACGGGGCUGUCAGGUCUACAUGGAGCUGCUGUCCGGACGGCAGAUCUGCGGAGACACACAGGGCCUCAACACCUUCAGCGGAUUCCUCAUCUACCCCUCCUCUGAUGAGCUGGGCAACUAACACACACACACACACACACACACACACACACACACAUACAGUACAGUGCAAAAGUCUUAAUCCACUACCAGCUCUGGGAGAUUAAAGCUAUGGAGCAGGUGCAGGGUCAAUACUUUUGGCUGAAUUAUGCCUUUAAUUCACAAUAUUCAAAACAAAAUUACUCCUGGAAUCAAAAGACUAGCAUCAAAAGUGUGUUAGCAUAACCUCUUUAGCAUCAAGAGCAAGAGCUCGAACCUUUCUGAAAGGAUGUGCCAUACCAUAUCAAGCAUCUUUCAGCCUUUCUAAGAGCUUUUCCUUGGAUUUACCAUGAUCUAUCUUUCUUUUUCUCUCCACGUAAAGUUCACACUGCUUAUAAUAUCGCCUACACAUACUGGGUACCAUAUUCAGGUCUGGACUCUGUGUAGGCCAUUUCAUGACUGUCUUCGUUUCAUCAGCUGCAUUUCUCACCAAUUAUGAUUGCAUGCAGUGAGUUUGGGAUAAUUGACAUGCUGAAGAAUAAAACUAUUACAAAUGAGGUGCUUUCUAGUAGGGGCUACAUUAAAACCUGUCUGUAUUAUUCAGCAUUCACAAUCCCAUCAGCUCUGGCAGAAAUGCAGAUUAAACCAAGACAGAAACUCAUCGUUCUCCAUUUCUUUCACAUGUCUCAAACAAUAGGAUCUUAAGAAUCUCACUAGAAUCUGCACAUUUAGUAUUUUAUUAAUUAAAGAGGAGCAGUAAUAAUGUCAUUAUACUCUCACUAUAACACUGAAUAUAACUGGGGGCUGAGAUGUUUGCACAGUACUGUAUAUACAGCAGUCUUCACUGUGAUAUCUGCCCUCACACACUAAAGUGGACAAUAAAUAUAAUAAUAACAACAA